GUGGCAUUUCUGAAACAAAUGAUGAAGGCUCUGUAGCUUUAGCUACACAAUCAUUCAGGCAACAAAUUAUAGACUGUUACCAUCUAAAGGAAAGGUGUUCUGCAGAAAUAGGGCUUCUCAAGAAUGAGAUGAAAAAUGUCGUAGAAUUUUAUCUAAAUGACAUAAAAAUUUUACAAGGUGUUGAAUCAGAUCUUUUUUCCGUGGGCAACAUUGCUGUUGUAAGACAGGAAGGAGAACAACAGAAAAUCUGUCUUGGCAUCCUUGUGUCACAUUUUCAACAGUUUAGCGAUGUGCAGGAACUUAUUGAUGAUGAAUUGCGUAUUUCCUAUUCAAUAACGGACAACUCAACAGGUUAUGGCAGUGACAGCGACAAUGUUGAAGAGAACGAUAGUGAUGAUGAUAUGGUUUCAGCGUUUUAG